GGCCUAAUUGAAAGUCCAGCUGGAGGUCUGAUUGAAGAUCCAACUGGGGGCCUAAUUGGAGAUCCGACUGAGGGUCUGACCGAGGGUCCGGCCGGAGGUCUGACUAGAGAUCCGACUGGGGGCUUGACUAGAGAUGGGAUUGGGGGUCUGGUUAGAGAUGCGGUCGGGGGUCUGGUUGGGGAACUGGCUAAAGGCCUGGCCAGGGAUCCAACAGAUGGCCUGACUGGGGGUCUGAAAGGAGGA